GCCUUGCGAUUCUCGGGAUCUGGGGCAGGAGCAGGAGGAGGAGAUGCUCUUGAGACAUUUCCCGCCCCCACCGUGGCUUUCACUUCUGUUCGGCCCUUUGCGGCUGGAAAUAUGAAGGUUAUCUAUCCGUUAGCGGAUGCACAUCGUGGUGGAGCUGCUGCUGCUGCCCCUGCCCCUGCCCCUGCCGAUGUGCCGGUUCCAUGUGCAGGCGUAGCGCCUGCUGCUGCGGCGGGGGGCCCCCCCCCGCCAGACGCUCCGGAAGCGCUGCCUCGUCAAGGGGAGCCACAGGGCAUUACCAGCAUAGCAGCGUCAAGCUCUGCACACUUUCCCUCCUGUGUUGCUGCGGCUCUCGCCGCCUCCACGGUGUCAAGGAAACACCAAACUGCAGAGGCGGCAAACCAGCGGGCAGCUGUGCAGCCGCUGCAGGCAGCAGCAACGAGCGCGAAGCCUCACGAUAUAAACAGAUGCCUCCCAGCAGCAGAAAGUGCGGCAGGAAUAACAGCGCAUGACGCCAAUGCUGCCGCCGCUUUCGCCGCUGCAUUGUCUGCUACGUGGCCUUCAUGCUGCAGCGGUGCAUGGAUGUCGCUCCCUUGCGCCUUGGCUGUAGCAGCCGACGCUGCAAGGCACGUUUGGUGCGCAAGAGGCAAUGCUGCAAGCGAGGGGAGAUGCUGGGUCGGAAACUGCCGGGAGAGGGGGGAAGUCUACGAGUCUGCAGCACCGAAGGCUGAUCUGGUGGAAGCGGGUGUUGCCCCUCCAGCUGAGCCUGCUGUGUUCCGCAUAUACAUGCACGUCUGGUGUGUGCUUUCUGCGGAUGUAUUAUCGCAUGCAAGGAGGUUUGCUUCUGCUAAAACGCGGCAGAUGCCGCAGGUCGAGGCACAUGCAGGAGAGCUCCAACAACGUGUCUAUCGAGCCGCUACUGCUCGCGCUGCGGCUGCCGCCGCUGCUGUCUUACCGGAGAUGCAGCGCUCCGCCGUUGUAGCUUCCUCUGGUUUUGCUGCUGCUGCCGGCGUUGGCAGCAGCACUAGCAGCCGAGCAGUCCGCGAUCCCCAGUACCUCUGCAGCAGCAGCAAAGCUUCCAGCAUGCUGCAGGGGUCGACGCUCCUAGCGCGGCUGCAGCGCAUUGUAGGGUGUAACUGCAGCAGUUGUUGCGACAGCAGCUGCGAGAGGGAGGUGCAGCGAGAGGCCUCUUUGCCCCCUUCCGAUUCUGUAUGGCCUGUGAGGCUGCAACAAGCCGCAGGCGGGGUGCUGCUUGCCUUCAUCCUUCCCCUCGCAGCGCCGGUGUUAUGCGUCUUUGCCGUGCUGCCAGGGUUGCUGCUGCUGCUCCUGCCGCUCCUCUUGCUGCUGCUGCUGCUCCCCGACCCCGCGGUCGAUACGGAGAUUCUGGCAGCAGUUGAAGCGUGGAGGAGACGCUACCAAGAGCAGCAGCACGAGCUGCAGCAACAGGAGGAACUGAAUCGCGAGCAACCCGUGCAUUUGGUGCUGCUGGUGGUAGGAGAUUUCGGGCGUAGCCCGCGCAUGGUACAGCAUGCGAUAGCCGCCCUGCAGCAGCAGCAGCAGCAAGAGCAGCUGCAGCAACAAGAGCAGCUGCAGCAACAAGAGCAGCUGCAGCAGCAAGAGCAUGAGGAGCCUUCUUAUUACCAGUCCCACGAAGAGCGACAGACACUACUGACUCCCAUAGUCCAUGUGCUGGCCUUCCACGAGUCGCCUCUUCCCUCUUGUCUUGUGGCAGCGGCAGAGCAGCAGCAGCUGCUGCUGCAUGCUCUGCAGCAGCCUUCCAUCGAGGGCAGCAGACAGCGGCUUUGCAGCACGCUGCUGGGGCACUGCUGCUUCCUGUGCGUGAAGCUGUUUCAGCUGUCGCUCCUGCUGCUGGCGCAGCUUGUACGGCUGUUGGUGUCUAUACACCGCAUAACCCGACAGGUGUACGGCGGGCAGCAGGGGAAGAAGCAGCGUCAGCGACCACGUGUGCUUCUGCUGAUGCAGAAUCCCCCAGGCUUCCCCGCAAUGCCACUUGCCACGCUUUGCUGCAAGCUUGCGGGAGUACGUCUCAUAGUGGACUGGCACAAUUACACGCACUCCUUGCUGCUGCUACCAGCACAGGAGGAGAUAGCAAAAGUGCAGCCGAAGGCGGAAACGCUGAGGGUCAAGCAGCUGCAAGACGGCGAUGCUGAAGACUUUUCCCGCUGGCUUGUCUGCAGAGCCGCUGCUGCAGGCGCAGCAGCGGCUCAAAAGAAAGCGCAUGCUGCAGUGACUGCCGCCGCAUCGGCUAUGGGAGCAGCACGGCAGGCCCUGAAGCGCGCAACACGGCUAGCAGCAGCGGCUGCAGAAUUCCAGAUCGGUCGGUUCGCGGAUGGAGCUUUCUGUGUCUCCAUGCGCAUGCAGCAGCAGCUGCGGCAGCAGCACAUUGCUGCCGAGCUGCUGUACGACCAACCCGCCGAGCAACUGCAGCUGCUGCCCCUCCUGCAGAGGCACCGCAUUGCAGCCGCCUACUUCUCAGAAGCAGCAGUAAAAACAACAGGGGAAGCAAAAGGCUCUGCAUCGUCAACAGUGGUGACAGACGAGAUGGCUUCCGCAGCACCCACUGCGGUGUUCGAGGGUUACACUGCAGAUGAGGACUUGCUGCUGCUGUUGCGGGCUCUCCAGCUGUACGAUGUUGCGGUGCAGCAGCAGCAGCAGCAGCGGCAACACCAACGGCAGCAGCAACGGCAGCAGCAGCCCGCGAACAACACCGUCAUCCCCUACGUGUCGUGCAGCAGCAGCAGCAACGCGAGUGACGCAGAAGACGGCUUGGGCAACCAGCCGCAAACACAGGCGCAAACGGCAUUAGGCGAUGCUGCGAAUUCGGGCUCCUUGUUGUUCGAUUUGCGCGUUCUUGCAGAGCGUGCAAGAGGCAGCGGCAGCGGGAGCACCAACGAAGUCAGCAUGGAUGCAAGGGACUAUACGUCCUUCCCGGAGGAAUGGCGGCGUGUUGCCUUGCCCAUGUUGCAGAGGCUGUUGUACUAG